UUCGACAGCUGACUGAAACAGAUAAUGUUUUAUAGGUUAAGUUUGGUGACAUGUUAUGUUUCGAGGAUGGGUGUCUUGUAAUAUAGAAAUUUAUACAAAAAUUGGAACACCAACACGGCAUGAUGCAGUUUAUGUUGUUGUUUAGUCGUCAAGGAAAACUCAGACUUCAGAAAUGGUACGUCGCUCACCCAGAUAAGCUGAAGAAAAAGAUAACCAGGGAGCUGAUCACCACCAUCCUAGCCAGGAAGCCUAAAAUGUGUAGUUUUCUUGAAUGGAGAGACUUGAAAAUAGUCUAUAAGAGAUAUGCUAGUUUGUAUUUCUGUUGUGCAAUUGAGCAAGAGGAUAACGAGCUCCUCACCUUGGAGGUGAUUCAUAGAUACGUAGAACUUCUAGAUAAAUAUUUCGGAAGUGUUUGUGAGCUGGACAUCAUUUUUAACUUUGAAAAGGCGUAUUUCAUAUUGGACGAACUGCUAUUAGGAGGAGAAAUUCAAGAGACUAGCAAAAAGAACGUUCUGAAAGCAAUUGCUGCACAAGAUCUUCUCCAGGAGGAAGAAACUCCCCAAGGCUUCUUUGACGACCAGGGGCUCGGCUAAGAGCAUCAUAAAAUUUACUAAGUUUCACUGGCAGUAUUAAGAAAUCUUCACUAACGCUUAGAACCACUGGGUUUGUAUAUUCUAUUAUUGUCACAAGAUAUCUUGUCAACACCUUGAGUUCAAUGUUAUUUUCCAAAUAUCUGUGCGAUAUAACAUUGAUUCUUCUAAAUUUCUUAAUACUGUUCUAAUUCGAAGUAUUGUUAAUCUUAUAGUUUUGUCAGCUGUCAUCUUAUUUAAGCAUUGAGAGAAGCCCGAAAUUCACAUGUUUUUAUAACUAUCUCAGUAUGUUAGUUUUCCACAUUUGGACACUUUUCCACGUUUAGAUGGUGUAAAUGUUCUUUCAGUAGUUUAUAUUGUAUAUGAUUACUAUAAAUGCAUUUAAUAUAAAACAAAAUAUUUA